CACCAUAACACGCCUGUCUACUUCAGCGGCGGAUAUCCUUGCCGGAGGCGGACCGACGUGUGUUAGUCAGGUAAACUCCUGUCCUGAGGGUCUGGGUCUUUUCAAACUAGAUCAGGAAGUGAAGUAAUAUGGAGCGAGAAGGAGACUUUGCUAUCAACACCAUAACAGGCCAAUUAACCAUGAGCUGUGUAUCGAAGAGGAAUGUUGUCCUGGCAGUGCUUUGCAUCAUCGUGUGUAAAGUCAUUUUACUGUAUUCUACCCUGGUUUAUGUCGAGAGAUUGGUGUACAGUAACGAGGCUGUCCAAGGAUACCCCAGUCGUUCUGUUGGAAUCGGAGAAUUUCGGAACGAUAAGUUUGUCAUUACAGAGAUAAGUUCAAGUGCUUCCUUGGAUCAGCUGGAAAAAAGCAGGAAAAUUGUCACUGACCGCAUGAUCGAGUCCGGAACCGACAUUUACACUGACCGAAAUUUUACUCGGGAGAAACGGAUGCUAGAAAAAAGUACGUUGAAUUUUUUGCCAAAAAUAAUCAGAACUUCAAAAAUCGAGAGACUUUUACCGAAUAUUGAGGAUCCCGUGAAUGACAGAAUAUUUGAACAGUUGAAUCAUAUCCCUGUUCAGUAUAGUAACAGCAGUGCAUUUAAGACGAUCUACAUGUUCGGGGGACAAAGGGGAUGGAGUCACCCCGAAGGACAGGCGACAUUUCUGUUGGAGCAGUGCUUGGUAAAUCGAUGUCGUUUUACGUAUGACCGAAACAUGGCGAAUAUCGCUGAUGCUGUGGUGUUUGGAAAUCCAAAUCAAAUUCGUACCCGCCCUCCAUUUCAAAAAGAAUCCCGAAAUCAGGUUUGGAUUCUCUCCGCCAUUGAAGCCCCUCCAAACACAGGGCGCCUUCGUAAUUACUCUGGAUUUUUCAACUGGACCAUGACAUAUCGUGCAGACUCCAUUAUCGUGACGCCUUACUUCAAAUAUAGAGCUUUUCCUGAAAUAGUUCCAGUCCAAAGAAAAAAUUACGCGGAGGGAAGACACAAGAAGGUGGCGUGGUUUGUGAGUAACUGUAUCCGAGAAAACAGUGGGCGAUUGAGGUAUGCCAGGCAGAUGCAAAAGUACAUCUCGGUAGACAUUUAUGGUCAGUGCGGGAACAUGAAGUGUGCUAAAAACAACCCAAAGUGUAAAAUCAUGGUCAAGACGGACUACAAAUUCUACCUGGCAUUUGAAAAUGCGAAGUGCAAGGACUACAUGACGGAGAAAAUUAUGACUGCAUAUACGAAUGAGGUUAUUCCCGUGGUUCUUGGUGCAGCUUCCUGGGAAUACAAAAACAUGUUGCCUGCGCACUCGUACAUUGACGUGGAGGAUUUCAAGAGUCCUAAAGAUUUAUCCGAGUACCUGCUGAAACUCGACGAAAAUGACGAUUUGUACAAUGAAUAUUUCCGAUGGAAAUCCUAUGGUGAUUUCAUGUUAUCCAAACCUUGGUGUCGCGUGUGUUCUUUGUUACAUGAAGAAGCGCUUCCGGCUAUCUGGUACGACGAUUUGGACGCAUGGUGGCGCUCGGAUGACACAUGCGUAGACAGAAAAACAUGGUGGAGCAAUGUACUUGACAGAUAGACAAUUAAUUUUGAAGUUGUUAUUUAUUGUGUGCUAAAGUGCCAAAGAAUGUUUAUUUUUAUACAUAUGAAUAUUACCACUGAAUACUGCCACAAAACACAAGAAUAAAGUAUUGCAUAUA